UCCGUUGUGCGCGCCUUUUGUUUGCUUCCUUUUUUGUAGUCUGUUAGUGUUUAAAAUAGAAUAUGUACUUCCAUUCACGCCUUGCCCGCGCCAACUUUCCUUUGCAUUUCGGGGAAACAAACCCCAAGGUCCACGUACUGACAGUUCUCCCGAAAUGUGUUUGUCAUUCUUGUUUGGUGUGGGUUCACAGUGUGGCGCAUAUUCAUAACAGUAUUGAAGUUGUUUAUACAGCCACCCUCAGUGUGACCUGUAGGGCUGUUGACCAAGUAUAUGUUGCAUUCACUUGUGUGUGUGAAAAGCCGUAGAUAUUAUGUGACUGGGCCGGCACGCAAAGAAAGUGCCUUUAAGGUUUAUUGGCGCUCUGUACUUCUCCCUAUGUCCGUGUACACAGCGGCGUUUUAAAAAGUCAUACAUUUUACUUUUUGAAACUGAUACCAAUAAUUUCCGAUAUUAUAUUUUAAAGCAUUUAUCGGCUGAUAAUAUCGGCAGACCGAUAUUAUCGGACAUCCCUAAUUGAAAGCUUUUUUCACCACCGCGCCAUCUGCUGGAUCUGGCGGCGCAGUACCCUUAAAUUCCCCAUAAGUUGGAGAAUUGCCACAAACCUUUUUUUAUGUCUUAUCUAAUGGUGGCCUAGUUGUGUUUUUAGAAAGAUGAGUAACUUCCUCGUGGUCUUUUUAUUUUUUUUAACAAGAGAAACAACCGGAACGGAAAAGAAGGAUCAGAGGUGACUCCUGCAUUAAGAUUAAUUAUGUCGCCCGCUGCAGAGUCAUUACGGAAGCCCUUCCUGCCUUUUCCUAAUGCCAAGUGAUAGAUUAAAAGAGACAAACCAUUUUCUGCUCCCGUUGCUUCUUGGAAGGAAUCGGAUUUUCACGGACUACGCGUCCACUUAUGGAGGGCAAUUAUGAUGGCAGGAGUCACUAUUCAUCUGAUAAAAAUACUUUUAUUUGCACCUGUGUUUCCUCACGCCACCAUUGAUCCAGUGUGGUAACAUGACAAGCAAGUUUGGGGUGUAUUGUUAUAUACAUGUAAAAACAAACGACUUCAGACGGACUCGGAAGGUGACAGCUGCUAAGUCUGGUGCACAGACAGAGAAUCAGGUGUGCACGUGCAUCAGACCAGUUCAUGCCUGGGGCCUUGCUGGGUGUGUGAGCAGAUGAUACAGUAGCUGCUUUCCAAAAAGUAUGCAUUUUUGAUAAUGCUCAUUCUUUAUAAAGGUACCUUGUAUUGUGCAAUGCUAACGAUAUUCAAAUAACAGUAUUGUGCCGUUAACAGCUAGCUGGCAACUAGCGCUCUAAUCGCUAUCUGGAAUCUAGCACAUUAAUCGCUAGCUGGAAACUAGCAGAAACAAUCACUGGCUGACAACUAACGCGCUAAUCACUACCUGGCAAUUCGAUUGCUAAUCGCUAACUGCCAAUUAGCGCACCAAUCGCUAGCUGACAACUAUACACUAAAAAAUGCUGGGUUAUUUUGAUAACCCAAUUUAUGAGUUGCGAGUGUUGGGUUAAAUUUUAGAGAUAUUUUUAUGAAGAGCAAUCCAUUUUUGGGGUUAUGAGGGUAUUAUUUUAACAAAAUUUCAGGGUUUUCACAACUAUUAACCAUUUUUGUGUUGUUUUUAAAUGAGUAAGGCAUUUUUGUGUAAAAGGCUUUUUCUAUUAAAAAGGUACUUUUUUCUUGAAGGGAAUUUUAUUAAGGAUUAAUUUUACAUUAUUUACAAUCACACAUCUUAUGUACAUGAAAAUAUUUGAGCAUGCUGUAUAGAACUACUAUGACCAUACAUGGCAAUUAAUGUAAAAACAUAUAACUCAUAUCUUGCUUUUGAGUAUAUUUUAAUAGAAUAAAAGUAAUUUUGAUCAGUAGUUGGGAAGGAGUAGGACAAACCAGCAGUAAAAAAAAAUUUUUUUAACCAAUUAUUGGGUCAAGGAGCGCUAAAUUGCGCAACCCAAUAGUUGGGUUUGGAAUAACCCAACAUUGUAGUGAGCAUAACUCAGCUUUUGUGUUAAAUACAUUCAACCCAAUAGUUGGGUUAUGAAUCAACCAACAUUGAGUUAGCAUAACUCAACUUUUGGGUUAAAUAAUUCAACCCAAUAGUUUGGUUGGGAAUAACCCAAUAUUAAGUUAUCAUAACUCAACUUUUUGGAUAAAUAAUUCAACGCAAAAUUUGGAUUUAAAAAAUGUACCCGAAAUGUUGAGUUAAAAUAACUCAAAUAAGGGGUUUGUCCUUUUCUAAACCAGCAGUUGGGUUAAAAUUGGGUUAUUUUUUAACCCAACAUUUUUUAGUGUGUACAGCACUAACCGCGAGCUGGCAACUACAGCGCUAAUCAUUAGCUAGCUGACAACUAACAUGCUGAUCGCUGGCUGGCAACUAGAGUACGAAUCGCUAGCUGACUACUAGUGCGCCAAUCGCUAGCUGGCAAUUAGAGUGCUAAUCGCAAGCUCCCAACUAGCGUGCCAAUUGUUAGCUGGCAACUAGAGCAUUAAUCGCUUGCUUUCUUAAAUGCUAACAUAUAUUAAUUAGGGAUGUCCAAUAAUGGCUUUUUGCCGAUAUCCGAUAUUCCGAUAUUGUCCAACUCUUUAAUUACCGAUACCGAUACCAACCAAUACCAAUAUCAACCGAUAUAUGCAGUUGUGGAAUUAACACAUUAUUAUGCCUAAUUUGGCACCAGUUAUGGUGAAGAUAAGGUCCUUUAAAAAAAAAUAAAAAAAAAAUAAGAUAAAUAAAUUAAAAACAUUUUCUUGAAUAAAAAAUAAAGUAAAACAAUAUAAAAACAGUUACAUAGAAACUAGUAAUUAAUGAAAAUUAGUCAAAUUAACUGUUAAAGGUUAGUACUAUUAACAAUCAUGUGUGCUUACAGACUGUAUCCCUUGCAGACUGUAUUGAUAUAUAAUGUAAGAACCAGAAUAUUAAUAACAAAAAGAAACAACCCUUUUGUGUGAAUGAGUGUGAAUGAGUGUAAAUGGGGGAGGGAGGUUAUUUGGGUUGGUGCACUAAUUGUAAGUGUAUCUUGUGUUUUUUAUGUUGAUUUAAUAAAAAACAACAAAACAAAAACAAAAAAAAACGAUACCGAUAAUAAAAAAACUGAUACCGAUAAUUUCCGAUAUUACAUUUUAACGCAUUUAUCGGACAUCUCUAAUAUUAAUGUAAUAAUUUAUUCAUAUUUAACUACAUGACAGUGUGUAUGUAAAUACAUUUACAUUUGUAAAAUAUUUGCGAGAGGCGGAGGCGAUAUAAAAAUACAUUUAAAAAAAUCUACCAACAAUGUUAUGGCCCACCGCAGUACCUCUGCGGACCCCUGUUAAAUACCUCUAGACUAGACCUAGACUGUAUCUAAUGUUACAAAUUAAUUGAUCUUCACAUUGAUUGACGUGUUCUAUUUAGGUAAUCAGCCACCACUUCAUGCAGCACAACAGGCUUUGCUCCACAUCUUAAAAUAAAGCCUGAAGCUUUGCCAAUUAUCUAGCUUGCUGCUGGCAAAAUAUGAGUUUAAUGUUAGAACAUAGCUAUGCUAAUGUUGCUAGUAUUUGUAUCCUCCUGCCCCACUCCAUAAAAAGCUGCAUCUGACAUUUGGCAUUAUGUUCGUAUGACCCCAAUUUGAGUUGAUAUCCUAAUUUUUUUGACGCAGGUGCAAGUGUAUGAAGCCUGUUUCAUUCCCACCAGUCAGGUCCCGCCUUCUCGGUGACAUCCUCGCCUUCCUAUUGGCUGGCUGUUUCCCAGGAGGAGCGAAGCGAACACAAACUGGAAUGUGUGGGAGUGGGUGUCUUUCACUGUUUGCUCCGCACGACCGACGCUCGAACACCACUAUCGCCGAUUUCAAUGAAAUUUAAUCAGUUUUAUUUUGUUUUAGCGAUUGUUCCUGUUUUUUUGUUUGCCGGGAGAGCGCCAGCUACUCUUGACGUAUGAAUGAAUGGUCGAAUUGAUGGAUGGAUGGAGGGGAGCAGGUAGACGAGCGCUAACAACGCCGCAAAGAAGCUACUUUGAGUGAUUAAAAGGAAAAUAAAUCCAUUAAAGGUGUGUCGUCACGCAUCCCGGAGAUCAUGGCGGCCGCCGGGACGCACUCACCGGGAGGCCCCAACGGCAUCAUCCGGAGUCAGUCGUUCGCCGGCUUCAGCACGCUGCAAGAGCGGCGGUCGCGGUGUAACUCCUUCAUGGGCAACUCCGCGGCGCAGAAGAAGCCUCAGUCUAAACCCAAAAAGCCCCAUCUGUCUGGUCACAAGGGGGGCAGCAGCUCCAGGGAGCCUCAGCCGAAAAGACUGGAGGAGGUCUACAUCUCGCUCAAACAAGGCCUGCAUGAAUAUCUGGCGGUUCACCAAACAGAGUUGGAGAAGCUGACAUCUCUGAUGAAGGACAUGAAGAGGAACUCGCGCCUGGGAGUGCUGUAUGAUCUUGACAAGCAAAUCAAAGCCAUCGAGAGGUAUAUGAGACGCCUGGAGUUUCACAUGAGCAAGGUGGAUGAGCUCUAUGAGGCCUUCUGCAUCCAGAGUCGCCUGAGGGAUGGCGCCAGCCGCAUGAAGCAGGCCUUCACAUCCUCCCCUUCCACCAAGGGAACCAAGGAGAGCAUCGCUGAGGUUAACCGACGCUAUAAAGAGUACACAGAGAACAUGAGCGCCUUUGAGAGUGAUCUGGAAAACCUGCUCGGAGAGUUUCACAUCAAAAUGAAAGGUUUGGCAGGCUUUGCUAGGCUGUGUCCGGGAGACCAGUAUGAGAUCUUCAUGCGGUACGGUCGCCAGAGGUGGAAGCUAAAGGGCCGCAUCGAGGUGAACUCCAGACAGAGCUGGGACGGGGACGAGAUGGCCUUCAUGCCGCUCAUCACUGACCUCAUUAACAUCAAGGUGACCGAGCUGAAGGGCCUGGCUACUCACCUGUUGGUGGGCAGCGUCAUCUGCGAGACCAAGGAGCUCUUCACCGCCAUGCCUCAGGUGGUGGCGGUGGACGUCAACGACCUUGGGACCAUUAAGCUCAACCUGGAGGUCACGUGGUACCCCUUCGACGUGGAGGACCUUACACUGUCGUCGGGCAACGUGAGCAAAGCCACAGCGCUGCAGAGGCGGGUGUCUGUUUACAGCCAGGGCACACCGGAGACCCCCACCUUCCAGGACGCCUCCUUCUUUAAGUGGCGGCCAUAUCCCGUGGAGCGCCAGCGUCUGUCCUUCCUGCACAUGCUCAGAGAUGCCCUGCUCGAGAAGCUCAGGCGCACUCGCUCCUUUGGGGACCUGGCCUCGCUCCGGCCUAGACCCAAAUCCAGUCUGGAGGUCUAUUCGACUCUACCAGAUGACGUUUUUGAAAAUGGCGGCUGCGGCAUGGCCGAGUGCAAACGGCUCUCGUUCACCUUCUCUGACACCUCAACGUCCACGCCCAGCCCGAGUCCAGCGCCCAGUUCCCACUCCCCGGCCCAGUCCAACCCCGAGAUCACUGUCACUCCCCCCGAAACGAACACCUCCCCCUCCAGGCUCCUUGCGGCCAGAGAGGGCUCAAUCGCGGAGGAGGAUGAGGAGGACGGUGAGACGGGCAGCAGAGGAAGCGCCAGCCUGGCCAGCGACGAGGCGGCCGAGGACUCCGAGUGGGAACGCACCGAGUCCCAACGCAACUCCAGCGGCUCUAACCGCGGCUCAGACGCUCCUUCCUCAUGCUCAGACGGGCUUCUGUCGACAGUGGCGCCGGAGGACGUCUUUUUGGACCAUGCAGACGAGCUAAAGCCGGUGGAGCUAGACACUGAGGAGUGCGGCAACCUGACACGGCAGCUGGUGAAGCGUCUAACAUCAUCAGAAAUGCAGGGCGGCGGCAGCAACUUCUCUGAGAGCGUGGGAAGCCCGAGCUGGGCCGGAGAGGGAAGCAGGGCCUUUCUGGAGAGCAGCCUGGAGGACGCCAUCCACGGGCUGCUGAUGACACUGGAGGCGCUGACACAUCGCUGCAGGGAGCUGCAGGACCUGGAACAGGAAGUCAUGCGACUCGAGGACCUCCUGAAGUGUCGCCUACCGGGUCACAGAAGUCGCUCGUCCAGCCUCAGCCUAACGGUGGAGAGUGCAUUGGAGAGCUUCGAUUUCCUCAACACGUCAGACUUUGACGACGAAGACACCGGAGACGACGCUGCUGCCGCCAUCCUCAGCCUGUCGUCACAGAGGUCACCAAUCUUUGAUACCGACGGCGAGAGAAUCGGUGGCCAGCAUCCAGAAGCACGGGGCCACCUGAGCGAAGCCCUGACCGAGGACACCGGGGUGGGCAACAGCGUGGCGGGAAGCCCCCUGCCGCUCAGCACGGGCAACGAGAACCUGGAUGUGGCAGUAGUCAUCCACCUGCAGUACUGCAACCACCUGAUCCAGCUGCUGACGGGAGCGGUGAGCACGUGGCGGCGGCGUGGCGUUCUCCUCAAGCUGUCCGCUCAGACUCAGCUUCUCGAGGAGCUGGCAGAGGUCAUUGUGGACAAAGAGGAGGCGGUGACCUCAGCGGCUGAUGUCCUGCCGGGGCUAGCAGAGCGCGAGGCUUUGAUGUCUCUGUGGUCUGAGUGCAGCGGGUCCGCCGGACUCUUCCACACCACACUUGACCGAAUGUCGACCCGCAUGACGCAGCGCUACACGCAGACGCUGCAGGAACUCCGUUCUAACGCAGUCAUCUCUUUGGUGGUAGGCGACAUGGCGGACUGCAGCGACCUUGUGGACUCCAAAAGUCCCACCGCCACUCUCUGUCAGGACGUCAUCACCGUCUUUCAGUUCCACAGUUACGUGGUGGAACAUGAAGUUGGAGACAUGGGCACACACCUGCUCCACCUGGCCUGCGAGGAGACAUUUGCGGAGGUCCUAUGCAGCGGAGACGCCUCCCGGUCUGCGUCCAUGCUCGAGGAGACGCCGCCGUCCUCCCUGUGGCCCCAAAUCAGCACCCUGAGGACGUUGGCGUCGCUGCUCACCGCCGAGGACCCUCGUCUCAACAAGGCUGCGGCCGACUACCUCGGCUCCGCUACGCUGCACGGACACUUUAGGAACAAAGCAGUGGAGUACUACACUCGGGCACUGUCGGAGGCGGGCGUUCAGAGUCAGAGGGCGGCAUGUGCGGCGCUCAGCUGCCUGCAGGCUGUGGAGAGUAUUCGAGCAGUGGUCGCGCUCUGUGACUCUGCCGACGAGGAGCUGCGGCACGUUGCCAUAGAAACGCUGCUCACGUUCGGUGAGGAGGGGCGUCUGGCCUACGAGCAGCUGGACACGGUGCCGGGCGAAAUGAUACGUUUGGGCACCCGGCGAGGAAACGCUGUCACUACUGCCUUCUAAGCCAACAUGUCACAUGAAAAAAACUAAACUAUGGAAACCUGCUAGCGGUCUCACUGACAGGGAACACACACACACACACACACACACACACACACACACACACACACUGCCUGUAAUUUUUGGGGUUUUUAACUGGAAUCACACACGCUUAUUCACUCCUUCACUUCAUUAACCUUUUUACUGUGAAAGCUUCAUUUCUUUUUGCACUUGUAAAAUACUCAGCUAGUCUCAUGUGCCGCUUUGUUCCGUGUUCUACAACUUCUAGAAUGUUCCGGGAUGGCCACCGUGUGUGUCGUCGUGUUUCAGGGAGGCUAAGAGAGGACGUGCAGUUUUUCAAGUGCAAUUUUGUAUGUACAUAGUUAUGAUUCAUGUCAGGCAGGUUUCCUCACAUAAGUUGAUGGGGUGAAAAUGUGAGUAGGCGUUUUUGUUUUUUU